CGAGAGGGCGGGCGAUGCGGGUGUAAGUGAGGUCGGCUUCGCUCAGCUGCUCCUCCUUCUCCUGUCGGUGGAACUUGCACACCGCCGUGCAGUUUCCUCGGAGGCCGGGGGAGCGAGGAGAUUGGAAAACCGUUGCCCGCCCCCAAUCACCUUCCCCUCCGCAGUACCACCGGCCUCGACCAUGAGAGCCGCCGCCAUUUUCCCCGAGCCCGGCUGCUGCCUUCUUCUCUUUCUGAAGCCGAAGCCAGGUCGGGUGUGGCGACCGCCGUGCUGUUGUGGCUCUGCCUGAUAGGCUGUAAGGCUCUCGGACCCGGAAUCGGUAGCCGGUGACUGGGCGGGGUCCGGCCGGGUUGGGCCCCUGCGAACAGUGGAGGCUGAAAAAGAGGCCUCUGGAAAAGAGCCCCCCGACCCACCCCCGUUGUCCACCAGACCAGCUGCAAGCACAGAUCGUGCCUCUCCAUCCUGCUGCCGGAGAAGAACCGUGGAAGGGAAGCGCGUGUGUCCUGGCUUUUUAAUCCAGCAAGAAGUGAAAUAACAAGCCUUGACGGUGGUAACAUAGAUGAUACUUUAAACCAUGCAGAUGUUGCUUUAGUGAAUUUUUAUGCUGAUUGGUGUCGCUUUAGUCAAAUGCUGCAUCCUAUCUUUGAGGAAGCUUCCAAUGUCAUUAAGGAGGACUUUCCAGAUCAGAAUCAGGUUGUGUUUGCCAGAGUAGACUGUGAUCAGCAUUCUGAAAUAGCUCAAAGGUACAGGAUAAGCAAAUAUCCAACCCUAAAAUUGUUUCGUAAUGGAAUGAUGAUGAAGAGAGAGUAUCGGGGUCAGAGAUCAGUGACAGCAAUUGCAGACUAUAUCCGACAACAGAAAAGUAAUCCUAUUCGAGAAGUACUCAGCUUGGAAGAAAUUAACUCUCUUGAUCGCAGUAAAAGGAAUAUUGUUGGAUACUUUGAACAAAAAGACUCUGAUAAUUAUAGGACCUUUGAAAGGGUUGCAAAUAUUUUGCAUGAUGACUGUGUCUUCCUUGCUGCAUUUGGGUCUGUUUCCAAAGCAGAACGCUUUAGUGGGGACAAUGUUAUCUACAAACCACCUGGGGAAAAUGCUCCAGAUAUGGUCUAUUUGGGUUCUAUGACCAAUUUUGACUUGGCUUAUGCGUGGACUCAAGAUAAAUGUGUUCCUCUUGUUCGUGAAAUUACAUUUGAGAAUGGGGAGGAAUUGACAGAAGAGGGUCUUCCUUUUCUUAUACUCUUUCAUAUGAAAGAUGAUACGGAGAGUUUAGAAAAGUUCCAGCAGGAAGUUGCAAGACAGUUAAUAAGUGAAAAAGGUACAAUCAACUUUUUACAUGCUGACUGUGAUAAGUUCAGACAUCCACUCCUCCAUAUUCAGAAAACUCCGGCAGAUUGCCCUGUUAUUGCUAUUGACAGUUUUAGACAUAUGUAUGUCUUUUCAGACUUCAGUGACUUGGCUGUUCCAGGUAAACUCAAGCAAUUUGUACUAGAUUUGCACUCUGGGAAACUGCAUAGAGAAUUUCAUCAUGGCCCAGAUCCAACAGAUAUAGCACCUGGUCAGCCACUUCACGAUCUAGCAAGUAGCCCACCUGAGAGCUCAUUCCAGAAGCUAGCACCCAGUGAACAUAGGUACACCUUAUUGCGGGAAAAAGAUGAACUCUGAAAACUUGAAACCAUCUCACAAGCCUUUCAAACAGCAACAGUGACUCCUGUGGGGUGGAAAUAGGAAACCUAUAUUUUCAUAAAUUCUGUGUUUUUUUAUUUUGAAUAAACUUAAUUUUUUGUUUGUUUGUUUGUUUUUGCUCCCUGGGGUUUGUAAGUAUAUGAGUCAUCUUGGACAGCAUCCUUCCAAAGUUCCUAUUGCCGCAAAUUGUUCUGUAAAACUUUUCUAAUCCAAAUGAGGUGUCGUCAUUGCCAGCGACACGCUGUUAACUUGCACUAUCCCAUUAAACAGGACUUCUGGGUUCUUGUCAGUGUAAUCUGGUAGUAUGGCCGCCUUAUCUUCCUCCUCCACAUGAACAUUGUUUUGUCAAUUUGUUACUGAAGGAAUAUUCUGGAUAUUUGGGAGGGAAAUAAAUUACCAUUUUACAGAA